AUGCCAGAACUCCCAAAACCUCACAAUCAAGCUGAAAAAGAAAAGAAAAUAUGGAAUUUUCGCACGCUGAUUACGGGUCGUAACACGCGUUACGACCACUUGCAGUGGCUAUGUGGGAGGUUGAGGACUGCGUUUGGGAGCUGGGGGGAUGCUGAUGGCUGGAGUGUGGAAGCUGAAGAAGAAAGGAAUGAACUGUUAUUGAUCUUGGCAGAAAUUGCUCCAAGGCGUCAGGUUUCUGAUGCAUUUUUGUGGGCGUGCGGAAUGGAGAAAACAUUUACAGUCAGCUCAUGUUAUGAAAUUAUGUUAGAGGAAGCAAACGAUGGGGCGGUUGAGGGAAGAUCUAAGAUGGCGUUUGCGAUCAAAAUUAUCAAUUUUUGUGUGUCGCUUAUUAUGGUCCAGUUACUUCUAAAAUCACUCUAA